UCUAUUCGUGUAAUGUUGGCAAUAUUUACAGUCGUCAUUAAAGUUUUUGAUACUUUUCAUAACAUGGAUUAAAAAAUUCUGUGUUUUUAAUGGUACUAUAUAAAAAUCAUGGCUACCCGUAACCCAGUUUCUGUGGAGACUAUACUUACAUUCGAUAACAGAGAUGCGCAAAGUCAAUGGUCCGAAGUAUGGUCGACUACACACAUCCCGGGCAUGGACAACGCAUCCGGUGGAGACGGCUUGAGUGGUAUCCAGGGUCGGAAGAAACUGCGAUUUGGAGCUCUCAUACUUGGGACUUUCCUAACGAUGCAUUGCCGAGUGACUGCGUCCGCUCUUACUGGCGGCGUCUUUGUUUUCAUAUUAUUCCAUAUCCUGGCUACGGUGACGCUUGCCAAUCCCUUGCGUCACUUUGAGGUGUAUCUUGGUCAAUGGAGUAUUAGUGGACCCGGUCGUGCGUUCCGGAUUUUACCAAUGUUUGAAGGUCUUGGUAUAGCGAUAUGCAUAAACGCUUUGGUGCGGGCCAUUAUAUGUUGUACAAUGGCAGCAAUAUGUGCCAUAUACGUCGUAUAUUCCGUCAGUGAUUCAAAACUUCCAUUUAGUUACUGCAGGGAUUUUGAUCUUAGGCCGUAUGACCCAAUACAAAAAGAUAUAUCCCUUCGAAUGUUAAGAGAAUCAAGAUUUUCUUUGGUGACGGCUGGUACAGAAGAGGAAGAAAUACACAAUGAAGCUGUAACGGUUGGAAUCCGUGAUUUUGCAUGGAGAAAUGCGAGUAAAUUAAAAUCGAAAAGAAAAAGACCGAUACUAAAACAUACAACACGAAAAAAUUAUCACCACAAAAUAGAAAUAUGCAACGAAAGCUAUACUAUCGGAUAUCCAAUUCUGUAUAGCACUCCGGCAUACAACUUUUUUUAUGUGGAGGUGGUUUUAUUUCGCGAAGACUAUUAUUUCGGUCAUUUCAAUAUAACCUUAAUGAUAGCUUUAAUUGUAGUAUGGAUAUGUUUAUGGUUAUUGAUGAUAUGGGAGCGUAUAGCUCAUAAGAGAUUAAUAUUUAAUAACGUGCAAACUUGGCUAAUAGUCAUCCCUUGGUUAUGGGUCGUAGUACUUAUUAUUACUUCUACAACACAUCUGUUAGCCUUGCCUAAACUUAUGCGUAAAACUUUUAGAAUUGGAGGAAAGGAAAUUUUAGCUGGUUUGGCGGAUGCAUUUGAAGUAGCAGUAUAUAUACACUCUGCUGGUGUUGGUACUGAGCUUAUUCAUGGGAAGGGCUUAAACCAUUACGCUACCGGCCAUAUAGACCCGCAUUUAAACGGUGAGAACGUAUGGCACAGUGGCUUACUUCUAUUGAUGACAGGACUACACUCAAGUGGCGCUGCUAUAUGUGCAAUAGUCGAUAACAUUCAGCCAAACAACAAGAAUGGUUAUGAUAUGCGCGAAAGUACUUUAUGGAUAAUUCCAAUGUACUCUAAAUGCAUUUUGAUUAAUGGCUAUUCACAUGCGGCCUCUGUAGCUAUUUUUAGUGGACUUACAUUUUCUUAUAUGGCUGUUGCUUAUGUGCUUCUUAAAACAUCUUUACAUAUAAUUUUCGAAUACAAAGUAAAGUUGGUAUUCGCUGAACAGGUUGUAGUAGCUGGAAUAAUACUUACAUGUAUGGGUCUAAGCUUUCUUUUUGCUACAAGUGGUGGAGUUGCGUUGCUAGAAAGCGUGGAUGCCUUAAUGACAGGAAUAUCAACGCCAUUCGUUUGCAUAUUGGAACUGGUGGCGAUCCUUUACGUUUACCGCGGUCGGGAUUUUGUGUCGGACAUGAAUAUAGCGACCGAGGAAAACGCGUGCUCCUCCAGAAUAGACACACAGUGGCAAAUUAUCCCUAUUAUAACUUUGGUUACGUUAAUAAUAAAGCUGAGCGUUGUGUUCGUGGCGGAAUUGCCGAAGAUGUCGUUGGCGUAUGCGGCGGCAGCAUUGGUGGCCGUGGUCAUCGCCGGACCGCUGCGCGCCGCGAGGAACGCUGUGGUCUUCUGGCGAGCCAGGAGACACAAGUAGAGGGGAUUCCAUCACGAACUUUAACAAAUCAGUCACUGCAAUGUUUUGUUCGUGUCUUAGUGAACGGUUGUCAGAAAUUAAAAAGCCAGUGAUUGAAAAUAAA